UGUGGGAGGGGAGGGGGGAUUAUUAUGGGAUGUCUGGCCCCCUUUGUGUGCUUGCGAGGAUGUUAGCUAAGCUCUGAGGCUGGGGGAGAGGACAGGGCAUCGUGUUUUCAUUUGUUCCCCUAAUGAAUGAACACUAAAUUGACUAAAACGUGCCGAGUUGUGGGAAGAGGCACGGAAGAGAGAGAGAUCACUUCGACCUGGGACCGCACAAGCACGCCGCAGCAAGUUUCCAAGGUGUCAAGUACACCCACCUCGGUCCACUCUCCGGCAGUCCCACGUCAUUUUCCCUCCUCCCUCGUCGACCGACCGAGGAGUGAGAGCUUUAGGAGGGAUUAAUUCGAGCGAGGAGGUGGUGGGGGGGCACACUGGAGACAUGUCAGGCAGCGACGAUGACAGGGACGACUUCGGGGCCGCCGAGGAGCACUCGUUACUCCACGACGACAACGAGGCCGAAGACAUCAUGUCUGACAUAGAAGAGGCUCCCAAAUCCAAGAAGAAGAAGAAGGCCAAGAAGAGCAGCAGGGAGAGCAGAAGCAACAAGAGGCAGAGAGCUGUCAGAGAGGAGUUGCCGCUGAGCUCUCCUGAGCACCUCAUUGAAGGGGAGGCAACCGAGCGGAACCUGGAUGAGGGAGGUCUGCGCUCGGACAGUGAUGGAAGCGAUUACGCCCCGGGAAGGAAAAAGAAGAAACGCUCCAGCUCGACCAAAGACAAGAAGAAGUCCGGCGGGUCUGCGGAGAAAGGGGGCUCAUCCAAGAGCAAGCGCAAAGAUCCAGAGCCAGAUGACGACGAAGAUGACGAUGAUGAUUGCCAGCCGAAAAGCUCCUCACAGAUGCUGGAUGCCUGGGGCAUGAAAGACAUUGACCACACCUUUACUCAGGAAGACUACAACUCACUCACCAACUACAAGGCCUUCAGUCAGUUUGUCAGGCCGUUGAUUGCAGCCAAGAACCCCAAAAUUGCUGUGUCCAAGAUGAUGACGCUAAUGAUGGCCAAGUGGAGAGAGUUUAGCACAAACAAUCCCCAUAAGGGCUCCGCCUCCGCCAAUGCAGCCUUGGCAGCCGCCAAUGUGGCAGCUGCUGUGGAGAACAUGGUGGUUGCCGGGACGGACGGAGGGCCCGAUGGUGGUGCCGCACCCCCUGCCGCCGUCACCGCUCAGACGUCGCCCGCUGCUCCGGUGGCAGCCCCGCCGCCGCCGCCUCUCCGCAAGGCAAAAACCAAAGAAGGCAAAGGACCUAAUGCUCGUAAAAAAUCCAAGUCUAAAGUUCCACCGAAGCCCAAACCCAAGAAAGUGGCUCCACUCAAGAUCAAACUUGGUGGCCUGAACAGCAAGAGAAAGCGCUCCUCGAGCGAUGAAGAUGAGCCCGAUGUGGACAGCGACUUUGACGAAAGCAACUUCUCCGUGUCAGAGGGCUCCAGCCGCCGCAGCAAGAAGAAGUCCAAGAGCUCGAAGAAAAAGAAGAAAGUGGAGACGGAGGAUGGCGACGGCUACGAGACGGACCACCAGGACUACUGUGAGGUGUGCCAGCAGGGAGGAGAGAUCAUUCUGUGCGACACCUGCCCCAGGGCUUAUCACAUGGUCUGCUUGGACCCUGACAUGGAAAAGGCCCCGGAGGGCAAGUGGAGCUGCCCACACUGCGAGAAGGAGGGCAUCCAGUGGGAAGCUAGGGAGGAGCUCUCCGACGCCGAAGUGGAAGACGAGGACGACAGGCAGGACGACGGCGCCGAGGAAGAGGACGACCACCACAUUGAGUACUGCAGGGUGUGCAAGGACGGAGGGGAGCUCCUUUGCUGCGACACUUGCCCCUCGUCCUACCACAUCCACUGUCUCAACCCGCCUCUCCCCGAGAUCCCCAACGGCGAGUGGAUCUGCCCCCGCUGCAAGUGUCCACCGAUGAAGGGUAAAGUCCAGAAGGUCUUAACAUGGCGUUGGGGAGAGCCGCCUGCCCCCACGCCCGUUCCCCGGCCUUCUGACCUGCCCGCUGAGGCUCCCGAUCCCCCACCGUUGGUUGGCCGCAGGGAGAGGGAGUUCUUUGUGAAAUGGUGCAACAUGUCUUAUUGGCACUGCUCCUGGGUGCUCGAGCUUCAGUUGGAGCUGAACUGCCAGGUGAUGUUCCGCAACUACCAGAGGAAGACCGACAUGGACGAGCCGCCGCCUGUCGACUUUGGCGGCGAGGGCGACGACGACAAGAGCACCAAGAGGAAGAACAAGGAUCCGCUCUUUGUCCACAUGGAGGCGGAGUUCUACCGCUACGGAGUCAAGAUGGAGUGGCUGAUGAUACACCGCAUCCUCAACCACAGUGUGGACAGGAAGGGCAACGUGCACUACCUGAUCAAAUGGCGAGAUCUGGCCUACGACCAGUCCACGUGGGAGAGCGAAGACAUGGACAUCCCAGAGUUUGACCUUUACAAGCAGACCUACUGGAAUCACAGAGAGUUGAUGAUUGGUGACGAGGGCAGACCUGGCAAGAAGCUGAAGAAGCCUGUCAAAAUUAAGAAGACGGAGCGUCCACCUGCUAAUCCUGUGGUAGACCCCACCAUCAAGUUUGACCGUCAGCCUGACUACCUGGACAGCACUGGGGGCACUCUUCACCCCUACCAGCUAGAGGGCCUGAACUGGCUCAGGUUUUCUUGGGCGCAGGCCACCGACACCAUCCUGGCCGAUGAGAUGGGCUUAGGAAAGACUGUCCAGACCGCUGUCUUCCUCUACUCGCUUUACAAGGAGGGUCACUCCAAAGGUCCCUUCCUGGUUAGCGCACCUCUGUCUACCAUCAUCAACUGGGAGAGAGAGUUUGAGAUGUGGGCCCCGGACAUGUAUGUGGUCACCUAUGUGGGUGACAAGGACAGCAGGGCUGUCAUCCGAGAGAACGAGUUCUCCUUCGAAGGGAAUGCCAUCCGAGGUGGGAAGAAGGCUUCCAAGAUGAAGAAAGACUCCACAGUUAAGUUUCACGUCCUGCUCACGUCCUAUGAGCUGAUCACCAUCGACCAGGCUGUGCUGGGCUCCAUCGAAUGGGCCUGUCUGGUUGUGGACGAGGCUCACAGGCUGAAAAACAACCAGUCCAAGUUCUUCAGAGUGUUGAACAACUACCCGCUGCAACACAAGCUUCUGCUGACCGGCACGCCUCUUCAAAACAACCUGGAAGAGCUCUUCCAUUUGCUUAACUUCCUGACUCCAGAGAGAUUCAACAACUUGGAAGGCUUCUUGGAGGAAUUUGCCGACAUCGCCAAAGAGGACCAGAUCAAGAAGCUCCACGAUAUGCUAGGCCCGCACAUGCUCAGGAGGCUGAAGGCGGACGUCUUCAAGCACAUGCCAUCCAAGACCGAGCUCAUCGUCAGAGUGGAGCUCAGCCCCAUGCAGAAGAAAUACUACAAGUUUAUAUUAACUCGGAACUUUGAGGCCUUGAACACCCGCGGAGGAGGAAACCAAGUCUCUUUGCUCAAUGUGGUGAUGGAUCUGAAAAAGUGCUGCAAUCACCCCUACCUGUUUCCCGCUGCCGCUACCGAGGCUCCGAAACUUCCCAACGGCAUGUACGAGGGCUUGGCUCUGACCAAGGCAUCCGGCAAGCUGAUGCUCUUGCACAAGAUGAUGAAGAAGCUGAAGGAAGGAGGUCACAGGGUGCUGGUUUUCUCCCAGAUGACCAAAAUGCUGGACCUGCUGGAGGACUUCCUGGAAAACGAGGGCUACAAAUACGAGAGAAUUGACGGCGGGGUCACGGGCAACAUGCGGCAGGAGGCCAUCGACCGCUUUAAUGCUCCCGGCGCUCCACAGUUUGCCUUCCUCCUCUCAACUCGAGCAGGAGGUUUGGGCAUCAAUCUUGCCUCUGCAGACACCGUUAUCAUCUAUGACUCCGACUGGAACCCUCACAAUGACAUCCAGGCAUUCAGUCGAGCUCACCGUAUCGGCCAGAACAGGAAGGUGAUGAUCUAUCGCUUUGUGACCAAAGCAUCCGUGGAGGAGAGGAUCACACAGGUCGCAAAGAAAAAAAUGAUGCUCACCCACUUGGUUGUGCGACCCGGCCUCGGUUCCAAGACCGGUUCCAUGUCCAAGCAGGAGCUUGACGACAUUCUCAAAUUUGGAACCGAGGAGUUGUUCAAGGAUGAAGCUGGAGAGGGGGACAACAAAGAGGACGACAGCAGUGUGAUCCACUACGACGACCACGCCAUUGAUCGUCUACUGGACCGGAACCAGGACGCCACGGAUGACACCGAAAUCCAGAGCAUGAACGAAUACCUCAGCUCCUUCAAAGUUGCACAAUACGUAGUCAAAGACGAGGACGACGAGGAGGAGGAAGUGGAGCGGGAGGUGAUCAAGCAGGAGGAAAGCGUCGACCCCGAUUACUGGGAGAAGCUGCUACGUCAUCACUACGAGCAGCAGCAAGAGGAUCUGGCCCGCAAUCUGGGCAAAGGCAAAAGAACUCGAAAGCCGGUUAACUACAAUGACGGUUCUCAGGAGGACCGAGGUAUAAGACAGGUGAGGACAAACGGCUUCAGAUGGAGAUCAAAUUGGCAAGAGGAUCAAUCCGACAACCAGUCUGAUUAUUCUGUGGCGUCGGAGGAGGGCGACGAGGACUUUGACGAGCGUUCUGAAGCUAACGCCCGCAGACCGAGCCGCAAAGGGUUACGAAACGACCGGGACAAGCCUCUGCCUCCGCUCCUGGCCCGAGUGGGAGGAAACAUUGAGGUUCUGGGCUUCAACGCGCGGCAGAGGAAGGCUUUCCUGAAUGUGGUGAUGCGCUAUGGGAUGCCUCCCCAGGAUGCUUUCAACAACCAGUGGCUUGUCAGGGACCUUCGAGGGAAGUCUGAGAAGGAAUUCAAGGCGUACGUGUCUCUGUUCAUGAGGCACCUGUGUGAGCCGGGAGCCGACGGAGCGGAGACCUUUGCAGAUGGCGUCCCGCGAGAGGGACUGUCCAGGCAACACGUGCUCACCCGCAUCGGUGUCAUGUCCCUCAUCAGAAAAAAGGUGCAGGAGUUUGAGCAUGUGAAUGGUCAGUGGUCCAUGCCUUGGAUGGCGGAGCUGGAGGAAAACAAGAGGGCUGCGGCUUUGGCUGCGGGUGAAGACCCCAAGACCCCUUCGAGUGGGACACCUGCCGAUACGCAACCCAACACUCCUGUGCCAGAGGAUCUCUCAAGAUCAGAUGACAAAGAGGACAUUAAGAAGGAUGCCGAGGACACCAAAGCCAGAAAGACGGACGAGCCAGAGAUUAUUGAAAUCCCAGAUGAGUCUGACAAGUCACCGGCCUCUGAAAGCAAAGAUGAGGAUCCUGUAGCUAAGGAGGACAAGGAGAAGGAGACGCGAGGUGGCGAUGAAGGGAGCGAGCCCGACGACCUUAGCAAGGACAGAGAGGACAAGGCCGACAAGGCCCUUCCUGCUGAUGUCAAAGGUGAAGAGAUGGAUGGAAAAACAGAUGCGGAGGAGCGAUCAAAAGCUGAAGAGGCUAAAGAUGAAAAGAUGGAUCCAGAGAAAGAUCAACAAGAGAGCAAAGAUGGUGUGAAAUCUGAGGACGCUAGCAGACUUCAAAAUGGAGACAACACCAGGGAAGGAGCGCUGUCCAUGUUGAAUGUCAGCGAGGAAAAGAGGAAAGCCAGCAAGCAGAGGUUCAUGUUCAACAUAGCGGACGGAGGCUUCACAGAGCUUCACUCCCUUUGGCAAAAUGAGGAGAGGGCAGCCACCGUCACUAAGAAAACCUUUGAGAUUUGGCACCGUCGCCAUGACUACUGGCUCCUUGCUGGCAUCAUACAACACGGCUACGCUCGGUGGCAGGACGUGCAGAACGACGUCAGGUUCGCCAUCCUCAAUGAGCCCUUCAAGGGCGAAAUGAGCAGAGGCAACUUCCUGGAAAUCAAGAACAAGUUCCUGGCACGCAGGUUCAAGUUACUGGAGCAAGCGUUGGUAAUCGAGGAGCAGCUACGCCGGGCGGCCUACCUCAACAUGACGGAGGACCCGGCACACCCUUCCAUGGCGCUUAACACGCGCUUCAGUGAGGUGGAGUGUCUGGCCGAGUCCCACCAGCACCUCAGCAAGGAGUCCAUGUCAGGAAACAAGCCAGCCAAUGCAGUUCUGCAUAAAGUUCUCAAACAGCUGGAGGAGCUGCUGAGCGACAUGAAGGCGGAUGUCACACGCCUCCCGGCGACCAUCGCCAGGAUACCGCCCGUGGCCGUGCGGCUGCAAAUGUCCGAGCGCAACAUCCUCAGCAGGCUGGCCAGCCGCGGGCCCGAUGUGAGCGCCCCGAACCAGUCGCAGAGCGUGCAGCAGAUGCAGGUUUCACGCUGAGCCAACGUAGUGGAUCUCCGUUCCCAAACUUUCCUCUUUAACCUCCUUGUACAGCACAGGCAGGUCAGUCCUCCUCAGAACAAACACACGCACACACACACGCGCACACGCACACACACCUCUUGCCUCUGAACCCAAAGGAUCAGCACCAUAGACCGGAAGUAAUAAAAUACAGAUCUCCUCAAACAUGGCCGAACUGUGCCGAGUCAUGUGCAUUUCUGAAAUCGUGGAUCUUUGUUGCGGUGUUUGGACUAUUGGAGGCCGAGUCUUGAACUGAUUUUUCUGGCUCCUUUUCCCUUGUUGGAAAUGAUGCCAUUUAAAUGCUGUUUGUUUUUCUUGAGAAGUUGUGAUGUCACCUGAACGUGUUUGUCUGUCGAUGGUAUGUACAGGUUCAUCUUGCAUCAAAUAUUGUGGAGAAAUUAGUUUCAUUCACUAGUUCCAAUCAAAAAGGGAAUUUUGUAUCAUCAGUGAAUUUGAAUAUUACAAAACGAAAAGAUUCUCAAUUUAGAAAUCAAGUACAAAUAGUAUUGUCCAAUGUUUCCAAAGUAGCUAUAAUGCAAAUUUGUCCUUUUGAAUUGAACUAGCGAAUUAAAGCAACUUUUCGACAAUGUAAUUGUAUGUACUACAGUGCUGUGCAAAGGUUUUAGGUCACCAUCAGUAAUAAAUGCAAGUCGUCGGCCGGGUACUCGCCUUUUAGUAAUGACAUUGACAUACGGCAAGUGGUUAAGUGCAUCGGUCUCAGCGUUUUUAGAUUCUUGGUUCGAAUCUCAGCAUUCCUAAAACACACUGAAGGCUCCAAAUUGUCAGUCAGUGUGCAUGCGGGUGAAUGGUUGUUUUUAACGAGGGCAACCAUACUGUAGAAAAUAGAUGGAUAGGCGGCCUAACACUUUUGCACUGUACGUUUAGAAUUAUACUGUAUGUAUAUGUCAGUGAGACAGGCCCAAUUUGGUGCUCCCUUGCAGGAUGUGCCGUCGUCUCAAUGAGUAAGCCUGUUAGAGUCAAAGGUAUUGUUGUCACCUCCAUCCCAAUAUACCCGCCCGUCAUAUCACUUGAACUGGCCUGCUGAUCGGCUCACGUAGUACCCAAGACAUUCCUGAAAUCCCCGCAAGCUCCUGUAUUUUGCUCCAAAUAAGGUACGCCCGAGGAGAAGGGGCCGGGUUUUGGGACGUGUCGUCAGUCUUGAACUUAAAUUAAUUCUGUACAUGUAUCGUUAUUAAGAAUACCGCGUUGUUGUUUUUAUCACGUUUGUUUUUCCAAUGGGCCACAAUAAAAGGUCAACUG